AGCGUCGCGACGUUUCGUGAAUCGAUCGUCAUGAGGGCACAGAAUAUGCGAGGACGUCUUCGACAGCAAGAUAUUGUGUUAGCUCCUGCCAGAGAUCAAAUUGCGAGAGCUCUUCGUGAAGCUCGACGGAUUGGUAUCUUGAGUCUACCGGCGAGGAAUCUAACCGAGUUCCCGCCCCAAGUUUAUCACUUAGAGGAACACCUCGAAAAGGAUGAGAAGAAAUGGGAGUGCAUUGACCUGGUCAGAAUCGACUUGAGUCACAAUGCAAUUCCGUCCAUAUCCGAUGAAAUCGGUGGCCUGACGUCCAUCACUUCAAUUAAAUUGACCAAGAAUGCGAUUCAAAUUCUGCCAGAAGGUUUUUUCGAACUCCAGGCACUCACAUAUCUCGAUUUGAGCCACAAUCAACUUGAGCAAGACCUCUCCGAGAGCUUUGGUGCAUUGGUUAGCUUAAAAGAGCUCGUCUUAUCCGGCAACAAGCUCAGUCGAUUGCCAAACUCCAUUACUCUUCUUGAAAAUCUUGAAGCGCUACAUAUCGAGGAAAACAUGCUUACAUCUCUGCCGGAACAAAUUGGCAAGCUCCAGAUAUUACACGUUCUGAACGCACACUCAAACCAACUGACUGUUCUGCCAUCAUCAUUUGGAGCGCUUCGGAAUAUGCAGAAUCUUGACCUCAAGAAGAAUCGUCUUGAGUCGAUUGGAGAAGCAUUCGCGAUGCUUUCAAGGCUGAAAUUCUUGGAUUUACGGCAAAAUAAGCUCGUUGUAUUCCCUGUACUACCUGAAGGUGCAGCUCUGGAUCAAGUUUUUCUCGGAUACAACACCCUCGCGACUAUCGAUGAGACGUCCAUAUUGCGUGUGAAAGACUCUGUGACCGUGCUGGAUAUGCGAGACAACAAAUUGGCAAAUUUGCCUGCUAAUGUCGCGUGUUUGUACCGGCUCAAAACGUUGGAUGUGGCGAACAAUGAUCUGUCGGACUUGCCACCAGGUCUCGGCUACCUCAAACACCUUAAUCACUUCAUCGUGGAUGGAAACCCUCUUCGAGCUAUACGCCGAUCAGUGACCAGUGCUGGAUGUGAAUCACUCAAGAAAUAUUUACGCACGCGGGGAGCUCCUCCCGUUGGUGUUGAUGUCUUGGAAGAAGAGCGAGAUGAAUUGCAGAUGGAACGAGAGCGAUUGGCCCACGCAGAUGAGGGUUCACCCCCUGCUUUGGAGUAUACUUCCCAGUUCCGAGAGGCUGCAGCCUCAGGGACGAUGAUCCUCACGAACAAUUCUCUCACACUUUUGCCCUCAGACUUGGUAGGCCAGGGUUCAUUCAACUUUGAAUCGACGCUGUUGCACUUGAAUCUGUCGGCAAACAAGUUACAGUCGCUCCCAGCUGCGAUCGGCGAGUUAUUGCCUCUCAAGACUUUGACUGUCGAGGAUAAUGAGCUGCAGUCUCUCCAUCCGUCUAUCGCUGCAUUGCCUCACCUUAAGCUAUUACGUCUUCGGAAGAAUAAUCUUUCAUCUGAGAGCAUCAGUGAGUUUCUCGGGGACUCACCAGCGUUGGGGGAUACGAUUAAAGAACUGGAUUUGCGCAACAACAGUCUCUCUCGUCUACCCGUGGAGGUCAGUCAAUUACGAUCGCUCGAAACACUGCUACUCAGCUUCAACAAGAUCGAGACUCUCGAUCGUUUCCCAUGGUCGCAACUGGCGAAUGUGAGUGUGAUCAGCGUCUCGGACAACAAAUUACGAUCACUUGGAAGGAUCUACGACGCUCCCCAGCUCGCAUCGCUUUCGUUCGAGAACAACAACUUGACCAAAGUACCGUGCGAACUCGGCUUGUGUCCGCGUCUUCGCGCAAUCUACAUGAACGGCAACCCACAGCGUACAGUACGGGGCACAGUGAUCGCAAAAGGUAGCGCCGAGAUUCUGGCGUAUCUGAAGAAUAAACUCCCACCGAACACUGUGCUCUCGCCUCCCUCACCAGUAGCGAUCUCGCGCGCAGUCAAGUCGGACCAAACUAGUCUUAAGAAGCCUUCAAGUGCCGCCUCGAACCGUGAAAAUUUUGCAGCUCCUCGACUCUCCGACACUUAUGCUGCCCAAGGCGGCGUCGCUGUGCCGGCUCCUGUUGCCCCGAUCGAAAACUUUACUCCACCCAAUGAAAAUGCUGCCAUUGAACUUGAGUUAUCUAAGUUGUCGACGCAGAUCGAACAGCUUGAGUUGCAGCUUGAUUUCCACACUCUAUCGGCUCCAAAACGCUUCGCACUCAAGAAAGAAUGCGCUCCAAGAAGAUCCGCGAGUCCCGCAAACUCCAGUGAAUGAUAAUAAAAACACAAGAGAUAACAAAAAGCCA